CAGCCUUACCCCCGACCUUGGCGAGAUCUAUUGCUCCCACUUUUGCAACUGCUUGAGCGGUCGAUCGACAAAUGGGAGACUUCAAGCAUUUGGUUCUGGUGAAGUUCAAGGAUGGCGUCCUAGUGGAGAAGCUGAUGGAAGGGAUGCAAAAUCUCGUUGCUGAAAUGGACACGGUUAAAUCAUUUGAAUGGGGACGGAAUGUGCUGAGCGAGGACACGAUAACGCAAGGCUUCACUCACGUGUUCUUGUUGACAUUUAGAAGUCCUAAUGACCUGGUCACUUAUACCAACCAUCCCAGCCACCUCGAGUACGCAGAAAAGUUCACUGCAGCCAUCGAUAAAGUCUUGUUAUUUGAUUUUCCACCAAUUCUCGUCAAGCCUUCAGCUUGAAAGGAAAAAUAUUCUAAGAUGGGGGUCGUGGUCGGGAAUGUCCGUGAUAGUUUUGCGUUCAUCCCAUGUUGUGUCCUCAGUGUAAUGAGCUAGUUUGGUGAUUCUGGUUUUGUGGUCAGGUGUUGUCCUCUGGUGAUUUUUUUUUUCUUUUUUCAUUUAGGUGGUCAUCAAACUUUUCUGUUCUCUCCCGCUCCUGCUAUUUAGAGCUAUUUUCUGAAUUUUAUUUUGGUAUUAUUCUAGCUCCAUAUCAAAUUCUCAAUGUUCUUUCAUGAAAUUGUAUAUCCUUUCGAGUUGCC